AUGGCUGAAGAUUCUGAGUUGUGGGAUAUCAUAUGUGAUGGUCCUUACUUUCCAACAAAGGCAGUUGGAGACCUUUCAUUGACAAUGCCAAAGACCAGAAAAGAAUACACUGAUGCAGACAAGAAAGCUGUGGAGACACAUUUUCGUGCCAAGAAAAUUUUAGUGUGUGGAAUGGGACCUGAUGAAUACAAUAGAAUCUCUGCUUGUGAAAUUACCAAGGAGAUAUGGAAAGCUUUGCAAAUAGCACAUGAGGGAACCACUCAAGGAGACUCCUCUAGUGAGUUUGAAGAUGAAACUGAUGCAGGUGACAACUCCAUGAUGGAAGUUGAAAAUGAGGAAAAUGAAUAUGAUUUAAUAUUUUCUUUGAUGGACCAAUCAGAUGAUGAAGACGAGGACAACAGUGAGGUAAAUUUGAAGGAUGUUCAGAGAAAUCUGAAAUCCUACUCUCCUAAGAAACUCAUAUCUUUAGCUAGCGUAUUGAUUGAUGCCUAUCAUAGCCUUGUGGAGGAUAAGGAUGCCUUGACCUUAGAGCUAGGAGAAGCUGAACAAACUAGAGAUGAUCUGUUGUUGACUAAAACCAUUAAGAACUUCAGUAAGGAAAAUGAGGCCUUAGUGAAGAGAGUGACUGAGAUUGAGGAAGAAAGAGAUGAUCUCUUGAUAGUGAUUGCAGACCUGAGGGAAACAAUAGAGGGGCUAAGAACUGAGUCUAAACAUGGAAAUAUUAGAAAAGGAAAAGAGGUAGCUAGUGAGGCAUACAUUAGGCUUGAAAACGAGUUAGAGGCUGCCGGAACUAGCCUGCAGGGAAUAGGGUUCCAAAGGGAGAAAACCCCUUACAACCCCAAUAUCAAGUAUGUUAUUAUAUCGGAUAACUGGUUGUGUACCCACUGUGGGAACAAUGGGUAUUUCAAGGAAAAUUGCCAAGCCAUGGUCCAGUCUAUUCAGAAAAACAAAGUGUUUGCUGAAAAUGGAACAGUGAAAGGAAGUAGUCAGCAAUGGUUCAUGGAUAGUGGAUGUUCAAAGCACAUGACUGAGAACACCAUUCUCUUGAGUGUUUCUCAGAUAUGUGAUAAGGGAAAUAAGGUGGAGUUCUUGUCCAAGAUAUGCACAGUUACUAAUUUGGUAACUGGUGAAGUGAUAUGUGGCGGGAACAAUCACAUUGCAAUAAAGUGCUUCUACAUAUGGGACUUCUUCUAUCAAGAACCAGAAGAUUUGCCACAGACUCUUGCUACACUUAAUGUGAACAGUCAGAGUGGUGGAAACAAUGCUCACUAUAUGGAUUCUGGAGUAAGCACUCACAUGACCAACAAUUCAGGUAACUUAUCCAAUCUUAAACCUUACAAUGGAAAUGAUAAAAUUAUAGUAGGAAAUGGACAAGAACUGGAUAUCACACAUGUUGGAAAAGGAAUAAUUUCUGGUUUAAGGAUGAGUUAA